AUGUCGGCUCGAUCCGAGACUCCUUUUGGUCUGGACAUCCACAAAGAGCAGCAGUUUGAUCGCUCUUCGAACUCUAUCAUGUCCACUGCAAACGUGACACGAAAAUGGCGGCUUUCGGAUCCCCAUGCGGAGCUGCCCAUCAAGAAUCACAAGUAUGUGAAAAACUGCACCGAGCUGUACAUGGCAAAUAAGCGCAUCGACAAAAUUGCGAACUUCGAUGCUUUCGUCAACCUCGAUGUGCUCUGGAUCAAUGACAACCAGAUUCAGGAACAUGACGGACUGAACGGUUGCUUCCGUCUCAAGCAGAUCUACGCUCACAACAACUGCAUCCGUUACGUCAAAAGAGAUAAGGAGGUGCGGGACGUAUUCGACUGGCUCAAGGUUGUCAUUGAACGCGACAUUACGCGCAUGGAGAAGUGGCUCGACUCAAGCCGCAAGGAGCGUAAGGAAAUCGAGAACCUCAAGGUCAAGGGUAAGGAGAUCAACUGGGACGAAGACACGCUGGAGCGUAUUCCUGCACUCAAGGAGAUUCAAAAGAAGAUAGAUCGUCAGAACGACCCGUCUUCCAACCACUAG